CUGCAUCACCUGAUCUUUAGCCAAAACAAUGCCGCGGACGACGUGGCCGUGAUGUGCCGGAGCAACAAAUAAUCCGCUUGACCCAGUUUCCUUGCUUGCCCAAAACCUUCGCCCUGAAAAGCGCGCUAUUUUAUCCGGCCACCACCACCAGGUCAGCAAGGCACCCGGCGCCGAGUUCGUUCUCUCUUCCGUCGCAGGCCAGGCCACCCCUCCAAAAGUCUCCUCCCCCCGCCUCUGAUGCUCUAUCCGAGGCGAGCUGCGGGAAAAUCCUGAGCAUUUUGGUCUUGGUCUUUGGGCUGGAGGUGAUGUCAGGGCUGGCAGGGAGUCUGGUCGCGGCGGCUGCUCUGGGGAUGAGGUUCUGAUUUUUCUCGCGGCUGCAAGUCGGUUGAAUUCAAGAGGAGCUGGCGGUUAUCCAACCGCCCCCGACCAGAUAGAGGAGAAAGGCGUCCACGCAUUGGAGCGGGGUUCGUGGAAACGGCACAACUCCCCCGCAUUGCCAGCGUCGAAAUUUUGCAAUUUGGAUGGGGGCGGGGGCGUCGAGCAUGGUGGGGCCGGAGGGGUACGGCCGCGGGUGGGAGCAGACGUCGCUGGGCGACAUGCCGGAGAGCUGCGUGGCGGCGGUGCUGCUCUACCUCGACCCGCUGGAGAUCUGCCAGGUAGCCCGCCUCAACCGGGCGUUCCGGGGUGCGGCCUCCGCGGACUGCAUCUGGGCCGCCAAGCUGCCCGCCAACCACAGGUACCUCGCCGCGCUGGCCGCCGCGGCCGACGACGACUGCGGCUGCGACGGCGCGGCCGAGGGCAAUGGCAGGUGCUGCUCCUCUGCCACGAUCAAGAAGGAGAAAUACGCGCGCCUGUGCCGGCCCACCCCCUUCGACGGCGGCACCAAGGAAUUUUGGAUUGAGAAGGACAAGGGAGGUUUUUGCAUGUCCAUCUCUUCAAGGGCUAUGACGAUCACUGGCAGAGAUGAUCGGAGGUAUUGGAGCCACCUAUCAACGGAGGAAUCAAGGUUUCACAGUGUUGCCUACCUUCAGCAGAUUUGGUGGCUUGAGGUGUGCGGAGAGAUUGAUUUCUGCUUUCCUGCUGGUUCAUACAGCCUAUUCUUCCGGUUGCAUUUGGGUCGACCACACAAGUGUACGGGCCGCCGAGGCCAUGGCUCUGAGAGUAUUCAUGGUUGGGACAUCAAACCAACACGGUUCCAGCUUUCAACUUCAGAUGAUCAGCACACAGAGUCUGAAUGUUACCUAUCUAAACCGGGAAGAUGGAUCCUUUACCACGUCGGGGAUUUUGUGGUAUCGAGUUCAGAUGAGGUGACGGAACUCAAGUUCUCUAUGAUGCAGAUUGAUUGUACACAUACAAAAGGCGGCCUCUGUGUUGACUCGGUCUUUAUAUUCCCCAAAGAUCACCGAUAUGAGGAGGAAUGCGUACUGUGCUAGAAAAUUUUGUAGGAAUGCUUGCAUGGCUUGGCUAGCUUGUUUCUUCUUCUUCGCUAUGGUCAUUCUUGUCCAAAAGCUUACUGUGCAUAUUAUGUUCCCGAGAGCUAUGCAUGAACACAAGUUCUUUAUGUGUAUUUUCUAUUUUGUAGUUCUAGUCAAAUAAGUAGGGAGGUGAGGAAGACUGGAUGUAGGUAUAGCGAUAGUGAUUCGAGUGCUUUGCGCCUGUAUGUAGAAAGAGGUGUUUAAUAAUUUCAUUUAUUAUCCAUUAGAAAUUAUAAUUGUGAUGUUCAGGUCAA